GAGCCCGGCGGUUUCCAGCAAGAUCCCAUACUCGUUGAAGGACAUCUUCAAGUUCAUCGUCGACACUGGUCACAAAGCCUGGUUCAGCGCCACACUGAAAACUUGGAUCCUGACUGGAGACAGCGCAAUGGACUCUUUGAGGAAGGCGAGUACAGAUUUCGUUGCCACGAAGCUGGAGCGAGCGCCAAGGGGAGGUGCCACGCCACGUGAGGAGGUGCACAAGGCGUUGCAUGCCUUUGUCGAGAGAAACGCGCCGGUGGAGGACGGCAGGCGCCGCGAAGUCCGGUGCGGCGAGCUCCUGAAGCAACUGGGCGUCCUGGAGAAGAGGGGACGCAGCGGCGCCACGCUGGAAGGCCGCCGCAAAAACACCUACUAUUUGAUCUACAUCUUCCCGAAGACGGGGCUCCAAGGACAGUGA